AUACCAACAAUUUACAGAAAUAAUAAUACAACAAAUUUAGAAUCUUCAGGUGGUAUUAAUUAUAACCGUGGAAAGAGGUUUAAAUUAAAAUUGUGUUUAUUAGUGAACAACUCCGCUACUAUGUUUUGAAUAAGACAAUACAAAUACAAUGUUAUUAAGAUUAAGGAUGGCAACACAUGAAGGAAUACAUGGGUACCUUUCAAAACUUAAUUCCCUUUCUGAAAAGAUUACGCGCGAUGUAAAUAAAGUGAAAGCUGCAUACAGUCAAGAUGCCUGGCUGACAUUGACUUUAAAUGAACAGGAAAAUAUAUUAAAUAAUCAAUUAAUAAAUCCAGAUAUAUAUACUAAGUACUAUAAUGGGAUCGAGGAAAAAAAACGACGAAUAAAAGCAGAAAAUUUUAAAAAUGAUUACCAACAACUUGGAUGUAGUGACGCUGUAUAUUUAUAUAACGAGAAAGACCUGUACACGUAUACUUACCAAAAUGUUGGGUUAAAAAUACUACAUGACGAAAAUACCAGAGAUUGUCGAGAUGAACAUUCAUUUCCAUUUAGUUAUCGAACUAAAUCUCAAAUAAACAUACCGUCAAAAGAAUUUGAAGACGUUUCUGUUCUCGGAGCUCCCAAUGAUGUAACAAAAUCCCAUUAUUUAAGUUUAAGGACGAACGAUUCACACAACCCAAAAAUACCCAGUCUCCAUGUUCAUGAUUAUGAAAAAGCCGAGGUUAACCAAAGUAAAAAAAUAAUUUUCAAUCGAAUAAACGACCAAAAAAGUAAAUGUGUGUAUAAUACCGAGGAAUGUUUUGACUCGAAUGAAGAACUGCAACUGCUGGUUAGGGUUGCAUCACAAAGCAGUAUGCCAAACGACUUGUCGGAUAAUGAAAAUGAGUUUAAAGAUCUUCGUUAUAAUGAAAAUGCUAAACUUAUAACACCAGAAUUGGAAAUCCCUAAGGGUUUUGAUUUUCUCAGCAAUUGGUAGUACUAAUUUUCAAUACAUAAAAGCCCAUAAAUUGUGUAGGAAAAUAUAUAAGAAGCGCUAAAAAUUAAUAAUUUUCAUUUUAAGUGCAUUUUUAAACCAAACAAACUAAAAUUUUCCGAAAAACUCAAAUACAAUAAAUACUAAUUGCUUUACCGUAAUACCUUACAAAUUAAGUGACAAUUAAAAUAAACACUUUUAAUCAAAACUCAUAAAGUUCAAUAUUUAAUUUUAAGUAGCGGUCUUACUAACAUUAAUACGUGUUAUUAUAAACAUUUGCUUGCUUAAUAAGUGUAAGUACAACAACUUUAACAGAGUUUCAUAAUAAUCGGUAUCCUGUAUCUGGCCUGACUGUCAGGUCUAAGGGGUAUUUAAAUAUUGUUUAAAAAUUCUUGAUCACAAUAAGAAGCCAAAUCGAUUUAUUUAUUUAUAAUUUAAGAUUUUAUCAAUUCUUCCGCUCUUCUUGAUUUAAAUAGUACGGAAAUGCUUUGUAAUCGAAACAUUUACAUAGAUGUCCAAAAAUUUACAAAUUCAAAUUUGUAAAGUCCAUAUUAUUUAAACAACGUUCAUUUCCUUAACAAGAAGAAACAUUUUGAGUUCAGUAAAUAUACAUAUUCGGUCUUUAAAAAUAAAUUUAAUUAGUACAGAAAUGAAAUCUGUAAGAUUUGAACUUCGUAAAACUACUGUAAAUAAAGAAGAAAAAACACCUAAA